AUGUCCUUGCAACGUGCUAAGCCCGCUAAGUCCGUCUUCGAGUUUGAGACGCGACUUGAUUUUGUCAUCAUCGCUAUCAGCCGUAUCUCCGCUGCUAUAGCCGGAGGCCUUAACCCUCUUCUAACUGUGCUCUACCGUCAACUCGUCGGGUGA